AUGCCCAUCCCCCGCUCGUCCUACUACGACCGAGACUACAAACAAUCGCCAGCCCUGAUCCGCGCUCGCCAACCGUACCUAGUCAAGAACAUCGUAACCGGGGCCGCGAUAUUCGGCUUCGCGAUAGGAGUCUAUGCAUUCACCAUUCGAGCCGUGGCGCAAGACGAGUUCGAGGAUGUCAUAGUGCCGGACAAGCCGGUCCAGCCUGCACAUGCGCCGAACGCGGAGGGCAACAAUCGGACGUUGGGGAGUGCGCCGUUGAGCAGAUGA